UACGAUCGGCAUCAAGUUCCAUGUUUACGAUUUGGCAACCAUCAGUAGAUCCGAUCUCCCAUCCUCCGUCCACUACCACCAGCAACCGAAUCACCACCGACGCAACCUACUAUUCAAGGUUGCGCCGUGGACGUGUCACGCACACUUCAAUCAACGCAGCGCAGCUCAAUCGCACCCACCCUGUGCUGUGACAGCUAUCAACAGCGUUAUCCUGCCACCAAGAUGCCGCCCUCCUCGCCGGAUCCUGACGGGAAUCCUGACGGGAAUCCUGACGGGAGGCAAGAACCGCCCAGUGGUACCCCAUCGUGCGCCACGACAGACAUGUUGCCCACCACAUUCACCUGCUUUUGGAGACUACCGGCCGAACUACGACUUAUGGUCUGGGAAGAGGCGCUCUCGGUGCGGACUGUAUGCGCUGUGUCUCGUGAACCCGUCCCGGCUGGCGAGGCCGCCGAGCAUCCCGGCCGCUUCUCCCUGGACUUCCUCGGUCCCGCGACAUAUCUGGCGGGCCUGACGUGCAGAGAAGCCCUACGGGUCAUGGAGCGGACCUACGUCCCACUCGCCGGCCGAGGAUGGAGCCCAACCGCGGCACCUGUUCCGUGGAUCGAUAUGGACAAGACGGUCGUCUAUCUCGGCGAGUCCGCCGACUCACUUGUCUUCCUGGAUCGCUUCAAGGCGAAUGAAGUGUCGCAGCUCAGGCACAUUGCGAUGUCUUGGACAGGCAAGUCCUUUGUCCAGCUCGUGAGGGUAUGCCGAAGCGUCGCUGGCGCGUGUCCAGCCCUGCGCGACAUCGUCAUCGUCGCCGACCUGGACAGGCUGGCAAGCUCGACAAACGACUCGGCCAACCAGCCGCUGACCAUAGAUGUUGCCGCCCAUCUUUCCUUUCUUUCACUUGCCGCAUGGCCGGAACUCGAUGACGAAUACCCAAUAAGCCCCUUCCAACCGCUCUUGUCAAAGUAUGUCCGGCGAGACUCGCCUCCCAGGAUGCAUUUCGUGAGCCCAGACGACUUAAGGUUCUACCUUGCAAACCGGUGAAACCAGGCAGCUAGCCCUCUCAGUUUGCAGCCGACGGGUCGUGGACUCCAGAUCAGUCGAUGGAUGUCCCGCUGGCAGAGAAGACGGAGAUGAAAAGCAGGACGAGGUAUGCGGGAUUCCGUGGGCUGGCGUGAGAGCCCUCUGGUUCCUCACCACCCAAGGCUGCCCGCGGCGGUCAACGGUGCUCUAAACUCAAGAUACCGGGCUGCCGUUUAUCAACCUCCCCCGUCAUCAGUCUUCAGCAAUCGGUUCGUCGAAAACGAGCCGCAUUCUUCAGCGCACCAGCCUACUACCCACUUCCAGUCACGCCGACUUCAGCGUGUUACCAUCGGCACCUCAUAUUUUUCACCCGUGGAAGAAGACGUCCUUUGGUUGCCGUGCCGCGCGAGACCUACGAGGCACGCAACCAUCCCGGGUGCGGGCCGGGCGCCGGGAAGCAUGCUCCUCUGUGAGACCCUGGGAGGAGACUGAGGGCGCCGUAAG